AUGCCCUUCCCAACGCUCUCUCUUGUAACUGCUACGCUGGUCGUAGGCUCCAUCCUGUCUCCCCUUUGCCAAAAUUCUGCCUACGCAGCCCUCUAUGCCACGAAACCAUUCAGUGCGACGAACUAUACCGCUGGGCAGACGGAGUUGGUUACUUGGAUGGAAGACGGGAAUCAACCCAGUUUAGCCGGCAUGGGAACGUUCAAGAUCGAUUUAUGGAUGGGAGGCGGAGCGGGAGAGAACUACGUGACAACAGUGGCACAGAAUGUCAACGCACAGGCCAUGCAACAAAACAUCGUAAUCAACCCGUCGGUCGGUUCUGACAGCUCCUACUACUACCUCCGGCUCAUGUUUGACAACCCCCCGUCUAUAACCUACACUUCCAUGUUCACCAUAACCGGCAUGUCAGGUUCGGCUCCCGCCCCCACCACGGUUAGUGGUACAUCCUCGGGCGUAUCCGCCGCCGCCAGCGCACCAUACGGCUUCGUCCACGCCGGCUCGUCUACGUCAAGCAUGAACGCCACCGCCACUUCCACUUCGAACUCCUCGAUGUCAGCACUGAACGCAACUGCGUCACAACCCCCAUACCUCAUCGCUACGACGGUCUCUGCAUCACCAAUUACCCGAUCCUCACCAGCAGCCCCUAUGGUGACAGGGACGAAGCCACCUGUGCAGGAGGAGAAGGAUAAGAACGGUCUUGCGAAUAGCACAUCCACCGCGAUGAGUGGUGCACAGAGGAAGACGAACGCAGCGGGAAGUGCGGGUAUGCAGAGGCCUUCGAUGGGCGGCUACGGAUGGGAGAGGAUGAAGUUCCAGAUGGUAUUCAUUCUAUGGCCGGCGUUGAUGGGCAUCACGAUGGCACUAUGA